AUAUUUUGUGGACAGCAGAUGGCCAAGGUUUUAUCUUGUCAGAUACAAUAUCAUGCUCAUGGCCAUUUAGGUACGCCUCCCUUUAGCCUCUACCUAACUAGUCAUAUCUACCAAUAUUAAAAUUGUCACGUUCAUAAAACAUCAAGCAUAUAUCCUAUAGUUUCAUAUAUCAAGUAAAAAAAUAUUAGCAAAAAAAUUAUGGCAGAGACAAAAGAGGAGGUGAAGUUACAUGGAAUGUGGGCAAGUCCUUGGGUUAGAAGGGUAACAAUUGCCCUUAAAAUUAAGGGUAUACCCUAUCAAUACUUUGAGGAAGACUUGAAAAACAAGAGUCAAUUGCUCCUUAAGUAUAAUCCAGUUAAGAAGUUGGUUCCAGUUCUUGUUCAUCAAGGUAGGCCUAUUCCUGAAUCUUUGAUCAUUCUUGAAUAUAUUGAUGAGACUUGGACAAGUUCACCAAAACUCUUACCUUUUGAUCCUUAUCGACGAGCCAAAGUUCGGUUUUGGGCCAAUUUUAUCGAUCUUCAGAUAUUUGAGAAACUUCGGGAUGUUGUCAAAGCCCCUGACGAUGAUGAAGAGGACAAAAUCAUCAAACAAAUCCAAGAAAAUAUGAACAAAUUGGAAGCAAAUGUCAAGGAUUUAUAUUCAGAAGGUACACAUGUUAGUGGUGAAACCAUGGAUAUCUUAGACAUUUUAAUGAUCACUUUGUUGCCAAUAAUUAAUGGUGUUGAAGAAGCUAUUUCUAUCAAGUUCAUACACCCUGAAAAUUUUCCCUUGGCUUUUUCAUGGAUGAAAUCCGGUGAUGGAGUUCCACUUGUUCAAGAGUCUGCUCCAAAUCAUGAAAAUCUGGUCAAGUUUCUAAGAAAACUUAGACAGCUUUUUAGAACUAUGUAAUUUUCUCCAAUUCCCACAUCAAUUUUAUGUUCUACUUCAUCUUUAUGAUCCAAGAAAGAAAUUUGACAAGGUGUAUGUCAAUUACGUAUUAAGUGCAUUAUCAACUAGAUAGGGUAAAGAAGAAGAAGAAGAAGAAGAAGAAGAAGAAGAAGAAGAAGAAGAAGAAGAAGAAAACUAGAUAGGCUAAGCUGCUUUGGUAAAAAAAAAAAAACAUUAAACUAAAUGGUUGUUCGGAUUGAAUUUGAUUGUGUUAUUUAAAUUGAUUUGAAUCAGUUCAGCUCCAUUCAUUUAAGUUAUAUUUGUGUCUAUUGUUACUUGGUUAAUAUGAAAUAUUAUUUAAUAUUAGACACUCGUGAUAAAGGUCAGGUUACUUAAUGAUAGGUACAAUCCGGAUUUUAUUUGGAAAAUCCAGAUAUUAGAUUGAUACUUGGGUAUGAAAACAAUUCUACCAGGUCUAUGUAUGUAUGAGCAUAUUUCCUUGUGGUGAG